AAAAAAGUUCAAAACAAGAAGGUUUUGAGACUUUCUCGAGCUUACGGUCUUUUUUAGUGACGGCAAGCGAAUAAAAGUGUCCUAAGGCGGAUUUGAGGUCUCCUGAUGAGCCUGUUUGCGCAAAACAAGAAUGUUCCGAGACUUUCUCGAGCUUACUGUCUUUUUUUUUAGUGAUGGCAAGCGGAUAAAAGUGUCCUAAGGCGGAUUUGAGGUUUCCUGAUGCUGUAUGCUUUUGGUGCUCAAUGGCUUGCUGACAUUCGGUCGCUUCCUCCUGUGUACUCAGUAUCGAACGCAAAUGCUCCUCUCCAGAUCUGAACCGAUAUCGUUAUUGGUGCGAUCGAAUGGCUGGACGGUAUUUUUGCAUCGGUGUCGCACAUCUUUUAAGCGAAGAUUUUCGCGAUUGUUCGUCUGGAGCGAUUUCACCUCCACUAUCGACGUCCGGUUGAUGACUGCCUUUGUAUGGGUGGCUACUGGGGUGAACAAGCCAUUGGAGGCGAAUGACUCGAACCCUUGGGAGCCACCCAUAUGAGCCGCUUGGCGGAUUGCGGACCGUUGGGAUGUGGUUG